CUCCCCGCCGGUGGUGCCUUCCUCUUCCUCCUCUUCCUCGGCCGCCAGCGCCGCCAGCCGCGGGUAUAUGGAGAGGAGCUCGUUGCGGCAGCUCGUUCAGGAGCAGCUUGAUCCCAAAAACACCGGUUUUGUUGGAGUGGAGACCUUCGCCAGCCUGGUCCACAGCCAUGAACUCCCUCUGGAUCCUGCAAAACUGGAGAUGUUGGUGGCCUUGGCACAGAGCAAUGACGAGGGUCAGAUCUGCUAUCAGGAGCUGGUAGAUCUGGUCAGUGGCAUCAGCAGCAAACGUUCCAGCAGCUUCAAGCGGGCCAUCGCCAAUGGACAGAGGGCCCUGCCUCAGGAUGGGCUCCUGGAUGAGACCGGGCUGGGCUUCUACAAACGCUUUGUGCGCUAUGUGGCAUACGAGAUCCUCCCAUGUGAGAUGCACCGACGGUGGUACUUCUACCAGCACCGUGCCUGUCCUCCGCCGGUCUUCAUGGCUGUGGUCACACUCACCCAGAUUAGAACAGCUGGGGUUCAACGCGCUCCUGCAGCUGAUGAUCAGGGUACCGCUAGAGAUGGUGCAUGGCGUUCUUCGCAUCAGCUUCCUCUACCUCGCAGGAGUCCUGGCAGGUUCGCUGACCGUCUCCAUCACCGACAUGAGAGCCCCCCUGGUUGGAGGUUCAGGGGGCGUCUACGCCCUUUGCUCGGCUCACCUGGCCAACGUCGUCAUGAAUUGGGCUGGGAUGCGUUGCCCCUAUAAACUCCUCCGUAUGGUGCUGGCAUUGGUGUGCAUGAGUUCCGAAGUGGGCCGUGCCGUCUGGCUGCGUUUCUCACCGCCAUUGCCCUCCGCUGGCCCCCAGCCCAGUUUCAUGGCCCACUUGGCCGGAGCCAUUGUGGGCAUCAGCAUGGGCCUGACCAUCCUUCGCAGCUACGAGGAAAACCUGCAGGAUCAGUGCGGGUGGUGGGUGGUGCUCCUGUCCUAUGCCACCUUCCUGGUUUUCGCCGUCUUCUGGAACAUCUUCGCUUACGACCUCCUGGGCACACAGAUCCCGCUGCCCCCGUAGCCCUCGGCCCAGCCCGGGUUCUCUUGGCAUCUGGCUGACCCUGAGAAGGCCCAGACUUUUGCAGGGUUUCAAAAAUCGGGUGGGGAAAAAAGGGGGGCUGGGCUGAGACCCUCGAGAGGGGCGAUCCGGAGCGUGCAACCCCUCGCCUGGCCCAGCAGAGCACUGAUCCCAUCGGAUGCUGGAAAAGCAAAGCCAGGCUAGAGGCUGGCGGAGGCCGGAAGGCUGGGAGGUGGGUUGGUGAGCGCAGAGGGGGGAGCCAGGGGGGGGUCCUAACCGUGCCUGCAGAAGGGGUGCUUGUCUCCCCAAGAAGAAAGAAAGAAAAAAAUAAUCCUUCGGCGUGUGCAGUGGGUGACUCUUUUCAAGGCAUGAGGAUCUAUGGGGUUUUUGAGGGGGAGGAGGGAGGUUACUGUCCCCACAUCUUGGCCAUUCGAGGGAAGGAGCCUUUCCCAGCCAAGCCCGAGCUGUGUCCAGCCUUAGUGACCCACUUCUGGAGCAAGGCUGUAGGAGAUGCCCUCAGCUGAUUCCCUGGGUGGUUGUUGGACUGAAUGGUUUCCUUUGCCUUCUCCUCUCCUUCCCCCUCGUCUCUUCUCCUCCUCCUUCCCCUGUCGUCAUCUUCCUCCUCUUC